GGUGGAGUAAAUAAGAAACUAGCAGUUUAGUGACAGAAAGAAGCAGUUGGACAUUUAUAAGCAUACAGUAAGUGUGUUUGAUUGCUAUAGUAUAUAACAUUUCAUAAAGUGGGAUCACGGAAAGACAAGAAUUUACAAAAUUUAGAAGAAGCUAUUUAAAAGUUUAUCUGAGACAGGCAAAGAAAAAGAGACAUCAGCUUGGAGACCGCACAACCUAACCAGGUCCAUCUGGUCACAUCUGGAAAUACAGUUCAGCCAUUCAGAUCUAAUCAAAUGUAUUGUCUUUCUGACGCCUCCCUGACGGGAUCAGAUAAUGGGAACAAGACAAACCGUACAGAUGACAGCAUUGUGAGUAACACUAUCUCUGUCACUUUUGGGGCCCUCAUCCUCAGCAUUGUCUUCCUUCUGGGUGUUCCUGGCAACCUCUUCAUUAUAUGGAGCAUCCUAGCACGUGCCCGCAAACGCUCCGUCACCACCCUGCUCAUCCUCAACCUGGCUUGUGCAGACGGUUGUCUGAUGUGUCUGACGAUUUUCUUUAUAAUAUACCUAGCCAAGCAGAACUGGAUAUUUGGAAGUGUCAUGUGCAAGCUGCUUUUUUACUUGUGCAAUACAAACAUGUAUGCUUCUAUUAUGAUCAUUACGAUAAUGAGUCUACAGAGACUAGUGGCAGUGAUGUGGCCCACAUACUUGAAUGCCUGCACUCGUAGACGGACAGUAAUAGUUGUGCUUGGAGGCCUGUGGAUUGUUGUAUUUCUUUUGGCACUUCCUGCUUUGAUGUUCAGAGAAGAAAUUAAGAAUUACAAUGGGAAGAACCGCACUGUGUGCGCAACUCAUCACACGUGUCCACAGCAUGUGGUAUUUCAGUACACACUUGAGACAGUAGUGGGCUUUCUGGUGCCAUAUGUGAUCAUAGUCAGCAGUUAUGUGUGUAUCCUUCGCCGCCUCAGACAGACCAAGUUCAAGAGAAAGAUACGAAGUGAGAACCUCAUUCAAGCCAUUAUUGUGACGUUCUGCAUCUUUUGGCUUCCCUACCACUUUAUUAAUAUAGUGCAAGUGGUAGCAGCUCUUACACCAGAGGAAUACCCACUCAAAAUUGAACUGGAUAAAAUCUGGCAGUCCAGCCGUGCUGUAACGUCCGCUCUGGCGUUUAUCAGUAGCUGUGCCAAUCCUGUCCUCUACACGUUUGCUGGACGCUCCUACAUCAAAGCUGAUGGUCUGGCAUUCAUGGCCAGACUCUUUGAAGGCACUGCCCUGGACUAUGCUGCACGGAAAAGCCCUCAGAACACAGAUGUCAUCAGGCUCUAAACCUCAUUGGAUCAGACACAUAAAAAUGAAUCUUGGACAAUAAAUUGUAUAAUUUCAUCAGUUUGUAUGGUGACUGAUCCAGUAGGGAAUGAAAAAGGUCAACAACUACACCUAAAAAACAACAACACCACCAGCCUAAAGACCUAUAGUGUUUUUAUAUUGAUUAGCUGACUGAAAUCUAUUAUAAAUGUGCUAAUGUUUUUAUGCAGCUUUCAUUUUUAAAAUAAAGUUUGUAAAAUAUUUAUACAGAACUACCCCCAUCCCCAGAGACUGGAAUUAAGUUUCACAUUUUAUAGUCAUAUUGUGUAUUCACUUUUGGCAGUAAAGAGUCAUAUUCAGUAAUUAAACCGUUCUGGACAUCCUUGUUGGAAAUACCUAAAACAGUUAAAAAGCCAAUUCAAUAUGAAUAUGCAUAAAUUACUUAGUCACAUAGAAAAUAAUUUUAGCACCCAAUCUGUUUUUAUUUUUUAUUUUUUAUAUUUAUAUCUAUUUGACUUUUAAAGUUCCACAAUUAAUCAAAUUUAUUGCAGUGGUUUCAAAUCCUCACUGACAGUAUAUUGCUGGCAUCUUUCAGAGUAACAAGCAAACUAGGACAAACUAUACUACGGAAUACAGUUGUGUACUUUAAUCUUCUGUACCCAUUGGGUUAUAUCUCUAGUAAAAUAAGGACAUGGAAGGCACCUUGUAUACUAGUAGACCUCAAAUCCAUAGUAGAAAAUCAGGUCACAAGAAGAAAACACCUAAAUAAAAAUUACAAUAAAAAAAGGAAAUAGGAAGGAAUAAAUACAACAUACAUUACAUAAAAGGUAAUGACUUCAUAGUUUGGAUUUAACGAAUUAUAGCCUACCUUAGUCAACACAUUCCUGCUUUCAGAAGUUGAAGUUCCUGCAGAAUAUUAGUGGAGAUGUUAGAGAGGGAAAAAUAAUAAUAAUAAAAUAAACUGGUUGUGGUACCCCCCACCCAUCCCUACAUUAUUAUUAUUAACUGGAUCAGAGUGAACUCAACAAAUUGAAAAGCUCUGAUUCAUUUUAAUGUUGUAUUAAUUGUCAGCAGACAUAGCAUGGUGCAUUUAAUAGGUAUUAUGAAUGCCCAAUAAAUUACAAAAGGUUGUAUUAAGAUAAUUAUUACAAAAACUGUAACUCAUAUUUAUAUACCAUAUUGCUACCCCCUAUACAUUUAAACAGUUAAGUACUAUAAUGCUGAUAGUUUAGAGUUGAAAGAAGGUCACCUGCCGUCCAUAUCAACAUGGCUGCGGUUAAGUUCCAGUUUGCGUCGAUCACACGGUAAACAUUCGACACACUGCAUAUGACACUCUUUUCCACAAUUUAGAAUGGCCUUUUACUGAUUCCUAACUUUUGAACAGAAGUGUAAUUUUAUUCUAGUUUGAGUCUCGGUGCUGGCAGGAGUUGUAGGUGGGGGGGAGUGAACGAACAGCACUCUCUUCCACCCUCAAUACCCAUGGCUGAAGUGCCCUUGAGCAAGGAACUGAACCCCCAGUUGGUCUACAGGUGCUGGAUAUAUAGCUGCCCACUGCUCCGGGUGUGUGUUCAUGGUGUGUUCACUGCUCACUGCUGUGUGUGGUGUUGGCGCAGUGGAUAAGACACAUGCCUUUGGUGUGAGAAACAUGGGUUUGAAUCCACUGUGAGACACCAAUGUGUCCUUGAGCAAGACACUUAACCCCUAGUUGUUCCAGAGUGACCAAUGACCUCUGACAUAUAUAGCAAUUGUAAGCUGCUUUGGAUAAAAGUGUCAGCUAAAUGAAUAAAUGUGUGUGUGCACUUGGAUGGGUUAAAUGCAGAGCACAAAUUCCAAAUAUGUGUUACCAUACUUGAAAAAUGUCAUGACUUUCACUUUCUCUUUUGAUCCCCUUCUGGCUUGGCCUGGGUGGGACCCUUGGCUCAGGACGACAGCUCUUCCCUUGAAUCUAUGUGUCAGACCUUGCUGGCAUCAUCGCACAUGCCUUGGAGAAGGACCCAUCCACAGAGCCUGAGGUAUUAAUGGUGUUUCCCCUUCACUGAAUACCAAUUUUAAAUUCACAAAGACAUUGGACAGGACUCUAACAAGACCUACUAUCUUCCCUGUGCCUGGAUUUUUCUUGGAUGUCUUCCUUGGUUCUGAGAGAGCUGUUAUCCUCUCACAAGGCCAGAAAGUGGUGCCAAAGAAAACCCUGGAGUCUGGCUUUGAGUUUCAAUACCCAGGCCUUCUGCUUUAAAAGAAAUUGUUGGAUAUUAGUAAACUCUUAAAACAGAGAAGAGACCUAAGGAAAAAAAGUGCAGUAUAUUUCUUAUAAUAUAUACUUUUUAAAUUUAAAUGAAGCAUAUACAAAAUAAAUCUUGACUGUACUUGCUUGAUUUAAUGUACAUACUCAGAAAGACAUAUUGUUCUCAGCUCCUUUGUCUGUCCCCCUUAAGAAUUUAUCUGUGUUCAAAAUGAGCACUUCAUUUGUAAAUAAAUGUUUAUAUGAAAAUUA